UUGGUAGUGUCCAAGGGUUUGUCUUUUGGCAAGAGUCGUUGUUGUUGUUGGAAACACAGCAACUAUUAUUAUCCAGGUAGAUCCUAUUAUCGUACAUUAUCUCAUUCAGUGUUUGUCAAGCAACAAACGAUAACGAGAAUGGGUUUAUUUGACCAAGUAUUCGAAAAGAUAGGAAAGCGAACAGGAUAUGAGCCUCCUGAUAGAGAAGAAGCUAUUAUACCUUCUGAAAAACAUUAUGUUUUGGGAACUCCACUUUCUGCCAAUUUUGAAGAGAUGGGGUUUCAGUAUGCUUUAUUUGGACUUGGUUGCUUUUGGGGUGCUGAACGUAAAUUUUGGCAAACCAAAGGUGUCUAUUCUACAGCAGUUGGAUAUGCAGGAGGAAGGACCAAGAACCCUACAUAUGAAGAUGUUUGUACAGAUCGUACUGGACAUGCUGAAGUUGUUCGUGUGGUAUAUGAUCCCAAAAAGACUUCAUAUGAGCAGUUAUUGGAUGUCUUUUGGGCCAAUCACGAUCCUACUCAGUUAAAUAGACAAGGCAAUGAUAGAGGAACCCAAUAUCGUUCCGUUAUAUUUUAUUAUGAUGAUGUUCAGAAGAAUUGUGCUGAAGAAACCAAAAGACACUUUCAAGAAGUACUUGCAAAGAAAGGUUAUGGAAAUAUUGUCACGGAAAUAGUGCCUGCCUCAGUUUUUUACUUUGCAGAAGAUUAUCAUCAACAAUAUUUAGCCAAGAACCCUAAUGGCUAUUGUGGCUUAGGAGGAACAGGUUGUUAUGAACCUCGACAAGAUAUUAAGUUGCCUUCAUAAGAUUGUUUCUGAGUUUUUACUUUUCUGAUAAGAAAAAUAAAGAAAAUUGCAUUGGAUGAGAUAUG